CUUCACCAUAGUACGGUUUGUAAACUCCAUCCCGACCACAGUGUGUGUGUCAGCGGACGGUCAGAGAGACGAGGGCAGGCAGGCAGCUCCCUUUCGCCUUUUCUAAACACGUACAUUCCUCAUUAUGGCGGCCACGGAUGUAGACAUAUUUUCUAAUGAAGAAAAGAGAAACCUCAGCCUCGGCGGUCAUGUUGGCUUUGACAGUCUGCCCGAUCAGCUGGUCAGUAAAUCAGUGACUCAGGGUUUCUGCUUCAACAUCCUCUGUGUGGGUGAGACGGGCAUCGGUAAGUCCACAUUAAUGAACACCCUUUUCAACACCAUGUUUGAAGACGAGGAGGCCAGCCAUUACCAAAACGGUGUUUACCUGCGGCCCCGAACAUACGACUUGCAAGAGAGCAACGUCCACCUGAAACUGACCAUCGUCGACACGGUGGGCUUCGGGGACCAGAUCAACAAAGACGAAAGCUAUAAACCAAUUGUGGACUAUAUCGACACACAGUUUGAAAACUACCUGCAGGAAGAGCUGAAAAUAAAGCGUUGUCUAUUCAAUUACCACGACACCAGAAUCCACAUCUGCCUCUACUUCAUCGCUCCUACGGGACACUCACUCAAGUCCUUGGACUUAGUCACCAUGAAGAAGCUGGACAGCAAGGUGAACAUCAUCCCUAUUAUUGCUAAAGCUGACACGAUUUCCAAGAGCGAGCUGCACAAGUUCAAGAUCAAGAUCAUGAGCGAGCUGGUGAGCAACGGAGUUCAGAUCUACCAGUUUCCCACAGACGACGGAGCAGUGACCGAAAUCAACUCCUCUAUGAACGCCCAUCUUCCCUUUGCUGUGGUGGGCAGCGUGGAGGAGGUGAAGGUGGGGAACAAGGCGGUGAGGGCCAGGCAGUAUCCCUGGGGGGUCGUUCAAGUGGAGAACGAGAGUCACUGUGAUUUCGUUAAACUGCGGGAGAUGUUGAUCCGAGUGAACAUGGAGGAUCUGCGAGAACAGACUCACGCCAGACACUACGAGCUCUACAGACGCUGCAAACUAGAGGAGAUGGGCUUCAAAGACACCGACCCAGACUGCCAACCUUUCAGUCUACAGGAGACGUAUGAAGCCAAAAGGAAGGAGUUUCUUGGAGACCUGCAGAAGAAGGAAGAGGAGAUGCGGCAGAUGUUUGUGAACAAAGUGAAGGAGACGGAGGGCGAGCUGAAGGAGAAGGAGAGAGAGUUACACGAGCAGUUCGAGCAGCUGAAGCGCAUACACCAGGAGGAGAAGAGGAAGGUGGAGGAGAAGAGACGGGAGCUGGAGGAGGAGAUGAACGCCUUCAACCGCAGGAAGGUGGCCGCCGAGACCCUCUCGCUCUCACAGCCCCUCAAGAAGGACAAAGACAAGAAGAAGUCGGUAACAACAGAGAACCAAUCAGGCGUCAGCUUCUCCAGCUCCAAAGUAAUGAUGGCCAAAGCCAAUAUGGAGCCCUUGAACUGCCAGAGCUGGUGGCAGGCCGUGCAGUGCUGCAGCUGUGUGGUCCACAGCGACGCCUGGAGGAAAGGUCUCUUCUGAGGAAGCCUGGACAUCAGCAGAACGUGGAACCGAGGGAGAACAACCAACAGAGACCACCUAAUCACUGACAGAGGCCAGGGGCUUUGUGUGCAAGAGCGGGCCGUGUUCAAUAGUCUCCAUGUUUUAGAAAUAACACAAGUCUCUCGAUCUGAUUCUCAAUACAGAUACAUUCAGUUUUCCCUGGUUGAUUUUCCAUUCAAGUCAGAGCGAAAUAUGAGUGUGCAAAAUUGGCAAAUAAUUGGCAUCAAACGAAAUAAAACGGAUCAUUUUUAAUUUCUUUAACAUGUAUUUUCAUUGCUGCUCAUGUUUUCUAGCGUCACCUGUUUGGAAAAUGAAAUGAGCCAUGUUCAAUGUUUACUGUGGAAGUGUGACUUUCCUCUGUAUCUAUGGCUGUAUGUGUGAGCGUUCACUUCUCCCAAGGACUGGUGAUAUAUUUAAAGUAUUCUAAAUUGUGGAUAUUUAUUUGGGAAGUUUUAAGGAAAUUUAUUUUUCUAUGCUAUUAGAUAUUUUUUCAUUUCGCUAGCAAUUAUAAUGACUUAUUCAGCGUGUUAUUGACGUCUAGAUAUCUAUAAUAUGACCUAUAUGGGGAGAUCCCACAAAAACAUCUCAAAAUAUAUAAUGCAUAUGCAUAAAGAAAACAAAGGAUCAUCCAGGUUUUUUUUUUUACAUAUUGUGGCAUUAUUAUUAUUCAGCAGCACAAAAUGUACUUAAUUUCAUAAUACAUUUUUUUGAUAAUAUGAUAAUGAAGACAUACAAAACAUAGAAAAAAUUAAAAUGUGUCAUUCCAAAAUAUAUCUUGGUAAUAAAACUCUAGAAAACAUGUUACAAAAAAUAACAACUUUUUAUCAUUUUCCCCAAAGGUUCACCUAUAAUGCUUUAUCACAUCUAAAACACCAAUAAAUGCAGUCUUUUUUGGUAAAUUACAUUCAAUCUGAAUUUCCUUACAAAAAAACUUAUUGAUCCUAAAACAGGCGUCAUUUUUGUUAAUCCAAAAUGUAUUUUGCAUUUUGAGCUGGGGUGAAAAAAGACCCAUGUUUCAUGAGUUUCACCCAUAUUUUAAUUACAUUUUCUUAACUAAUAGAUUUUUUUUAAGCAUCAGGAUUAUUAUUAUUUAUUUAUUUUUUUCCAUUUUAAAUCACAUAACUCUUUUUAACAGAGUCUCAUUUCACAUGCUUUAAAUUUCUAAUGGCUAUCUUAUGACCAAUGUCUGUGGUGUGCCAAAACAGCAAUCGCUCUCCAUUUGUCAACUGUUGGUCCUCUCGUCCACAUCUAUGCCACACUAACUUGUGCAAAGAACGUCAGUUAUAUUUUUAGACAUUUUAACUGAACCCCAUCAUGUAGGAAAGACAGAGUAUGAAGAUACACUAUACUACCAAAAGUAUUGGCACCCCCUUCUAAUGAGCAGAUUUGUCUACUUUAGUAAUUUCCAUUGGUACAAAUAAUGUUUAAGCAUUUACACAUUAGAAGGGGGUGCCAAUACUUUUGGCAAUAAAGUGUAGUUCUUAUUUCUGACAGUAUAUUUGUAUUGGAGAUGUUUUGCAGGGUUAUCUAUCUGCUUUACUGCUUAAGUACAAGCCAGAUAAGUGCCUUGGCUGAAUACGUACCACAAGCAACUCAAAUCGCCCCUAAAGAAGGUUUUCAUGCGGGUGAUCGCCAUGCCGCUGCAGAUAUCCACAUUCCCGUCAAGGACCAAAUGUUGCUAAUGUUUGCAACAGACACAUUAAAAGGGUUGUACGAUUUCUGAUGACUCACAAUGUGAUUGAAGUCCAUUGGUGUGGCGAUGUAAAGGUCCCAGUGCAGCUUGUUCAUCAUGACUCGCUCCAUGCGAAGAAUCUCAGCUGUUGAGAACUUGCAUCUGCUUUGCUCCAGCAAGUCUUUAACCGAUGCGAUCACCUGUUCACCAACAAAACAGAACAAUAAAUGUGCUGGAAUGCUUCAAA